AGCUCUAACGUUACCAAGUUAGCUAUGGUUUGCUCACAUAUGGGGAAAUCUCAUCAGCUGUGGAAGGAGAUGAGUGAUGCUAGAGCAGAUACAACCUCAAUAAUUCUGUCUGAAGAGGAUGACAGACUGUCAGGGAGACGGUGAAGGAGCCAGGAGUCCCAUGGAGCUCUACGAGAAACUGACAGCACAAGGAGACACAGUCAGGGCCUUGAAGACAGCUAAAGCAGAUAAAGCUGAAAUUGAUGCUGCUGUCCAGUUGCUGCUGAAAUUGAAAGUAGACUACAAACAGACAACAGGUCAGGAUUACAAGGCAGGCUGUCCGCCCUCAGAAAACUCUGUUGCCCCUAACAACGGUCCAGCAGCAGAUGGCGCUGAUGAUGAAGACACAGUUGACCCGUGGAACGUUUCCACGACCAGUGCCAAGGGAGUGGAUUACGACAAACUCAUCGUGAGGUUUGGCAGCAGUAAAAUCGACGAGGAGUUGGUGGACAGAAUAGAAAAAGUCUCGGGACAGAAGCCUCACCGCUUUCUUCGAAGAGGAAUCUUUUUCUCACACAGAGAUAUGCAUCAGGUACUGGAUGCGUACGAGAAACAGAAGUCCUUCUACCUUUACACUGGCAGAGGUCCCUCCUCAGAGGCCAUGCACGUCGGUCACCUCAUCCCCUUCAUCUUCACCAAAUGGUUGCAGGAGGUAUUUGACGUCCCUCUGGUGAUCCAGAUGACUGACGAUGAGAAGUACCUGUGGAAGGAUCUCACACUAGAGGAGUGUCACCGCUUCGCUGUGGAAAAUGCCAAAGACAUCAUCGCCUGUGGUUUUGAUGUCAACAAAACCUUCAUCUUCUCUGACCUCGACUACAUGGGUGCGUCCCCUGAAUUCUACAGGAAUGUGGUAAAGAUCCAAAAGCAUGUGACAUUCAACCAGGUCAAAGGCAUCUUUGGCUUUACAGACAGUGAUUGCAUUGGAAAGAUCAGUUUCCCAGCCAUCCAGGCAGCUCCGUCCUUCAGUAACUCUUUCCCGCAGAUCUUCCAAGGCAGAAAGGACAUACAGUGUCUCAUCCCCUGCGCCAUAGACCAGGACCCCUACUUCAGGAUGACCCGUGAUGUAGCUCCAAGGAUUGGGUAUCCCAAACCAGCCCUGCUACACUCGACCUUCUUCCCUGCCCUGCAGGGGGCGCAGACAAAGAUGAGUGCCAGUGACGCCAACUCCUCCAUCUUCCUCACCGACACACCCAAGCAAAUCAAAAAUAAGAUCAAUAAACAUGCAUUUUCGGGAGGAAAAGACACAGUGGAAGAGCACAGGAAAUAUGGUGGAAACCCAGACGUGGACGUUGCCUUCAUGUACUUGACCUUCUUCUUGGAGGAUGAUGAACAGCUGGAGAAGAUCAGACAGGACUACACGAGUGGAGCUCUCCUUACAGGGGAACUGAAGAAGCUUUUGAUCGAGACUCUGCAGCCAAUGAUUGCGCAGCAUCAAGAACGACGCAAACAAGUCACAGACGAGACCGUCAAGCAAUUCAUGACACCCAGGCCUUUAAAUUUUAACAUCUAGUCUGCACAAGGAACUGAAAUGUGAAGGCCCAUCACGUCACUAAUCUCAGUACAAGGAAAAAAAAUUAAUCCAUCGUUUUCCAUUUAAGAAUAUUGUAAUAUGUAACGGGAAGAGGGACAUUUUCUCACACAGUUUGCAACAGGACCGGAGAAAAACAUUAAUGUAAAUUACUGGAGCAAUGGUGUGCUUCUCUAUGUUAAUCUAAACAUGGCAUUGUGCUCGACCUUCAUGCUUGUUGUCAUGCUACUCGUCAGCUUCACUCUGCACCAAAUGUACACAUCUAUCUUUAUGAAGUGUUUGCAGCGCUGCUGUAACAUCACAGGAGUCCAUGUGAGUCAGACUACUCGCCCUGAAAUCAGUUUAUGUUGAACGACAAUUAAAGCGGAGUACACAUGUA